UUCAUUCCGAAAUGGCAUUGAAAGUUUUAUCAGCACUUGAUGCUGCAAAGACACAAUAUUACCACUUUAAAGCAAUCAUAAUUGCGGGUAUGGGUUUAUUUACUGAUAGUUACGAUUUAUUUUGUAUCCCUCCGAUCAUGAGAAUGAUCGGAAGGAUAUAUUACCCCAAGAUAUAUAGAAAUGAGUACGAAAAGGAUUGGUUUGAGGUAGAUAGAAAUGGGAAUGACAAGUAUUGGUUUGAGGUCCCUAAAGCUAUCGCAUCAGCAAUGAUUGGUGUUGCUUUGAUGGGGACCGUGGUCGGCCAGCUUGUUUUUGGACGGCUAGGUGACCGUGUUGGACGUCGUCAUGUGUAUGGUGUUUCACUUAUGAUGAUGGUUGUGGGAGCUCUAGGAUGUGGAUUCUCGCUUUCAAGGUUAAGCUCGAUGGUGUUUGUGAGCCUUGGAUUCUUUCGGUUUUUGCUUGGGAUAGGAAUUGGAGGGGACUACCCGUUAUCAGCCACAAUUAUGUCCGAGUUUGCGAAUAAGAAGACUCGUGGAGCGUUCAUUGCUGGCGUGUUCUCUAUGCAAGGGUUUGGAAUACUUUUGAGUUCGGUCAUUACCAUGGCUGUGUGCUCCAUUUUCAAAGCUUUUGCUGACAAGUUAACAACGCCGUUAGAACUCCAACCAUGGGAAAACACUGCUCCCGUCCCACCUGAGUCGGGUUUGGCAUGGCGGCUUAUUCUUAUGUUUGGUGCAAUUCCAGCAGCUAUGACUUAUUAUUGGCGGAUGAAGAUGCCUGAAACAGCCAGGUUCACAGCUUUGGUAGAGAAAAACACUUUACAAGCAGCAAAAGAUAUGGAGAAUGUGUUGAAGGUAUCACUGAGAUCGAUACAGGAAGACGUUGAGAUGAUUAGCACACCGAGCUCAAUACGGGAAGAUGUUAAGAUGAUUAGCACACCGGACACUCAUGCAACUUUAUCGAACACCUACCCUUUCUUUUCACGAGAAUUUUUGCGACGACAUGGUCGUGAUCUCAUAGCUGCUUCAACCAAUUGGUUCUUGAUCGAUCUUGUUUUCUACCCUCUCAAUCUGUUCCAAUAUCAUGCAUUUAAAGGCUAUAUGACUCAUAAGAGUCAUAUGAAUAUAUACGAUGAUGCAUUGCAAGUAGCGAAGUUCCAGGCACUGGUUGCAAUCAGCGCGACUAUCCCUGGCUAUUUUGUGACUGUUUACAUGAUUGAUUAUGUUGGAAGAGUCAAGAUUCAGGCAGCCGGGUUCCUUUUAAUGGCUGUAAGCUUGUUUACGGUCGCGAAAGUUAACAAAGGCGGUUGGGGAUCCGAUCCAGGUAUUGGGUUCAUAUUACUGUACGGACUUGCCUUCUUUUUUUCCAAUUUCGGACCAAACACAACCACGUUCAUAGUCCCGGCAGAACUCUUCCCAGCAAGGUUUCGUGCAACUUGUCAUGGGAUUUCUGGUGCAAUUGGAAAAGUUGGGGCAAUAAUUGGAUCCAUAGGGUUUCUUUGGUCUUCCCGUGAUUCUCGAGAGGGGGUGUCUGACACUUUAAUGGCAAUGGGCGGGGUUUGUGUCUUAGGGUUUUUCAUGACCUACUUUUUUACUCGAGAGACAAUGGGGCGCUCAUUGGAGAAAAAUGAGAAUGUGGAUGAGUUUACAGGUGUUUGGUUCUUGAGAUUCUGGCCUCACAAAUUGAGGGCCAGAGAAACCGAGCAAACACCUGAAAAUUAAUGUCUACAUGUCUGUUAUUAGAUGGAAGAAGAUGUCUCUGGGUUAUUUGUGUUCAACCAUCCUUGUAAACUAGUCUCACUGGUGUGUCGAUGAUCAGAGGUUGUUAGUGAUCUGAUCA